AUGAGCGAAUCGGGGUCGUUGGGGACCAGCUCGACGGGCUCCGAUGCUACAACGGAUCCCUUCAGCCAACUACUCGCCUCAAUGGCUCGUCCAAUACCCUGUGUUACAGUGAGCAGCAAUAGCAGCACCAGCAGCAGCAGCAACAAGUAUGAGAUGAAAGAGGGGGAUGGAAAUGGGGACAGUCGAGGUCGGGAUCGAGAUAUGAGGAAGCAAAUGAAAA